AUGAUCUGUUUUUUGAGUAUCCUCCAUGUUGGCGGUCACAUCUACAAUUAUAAUCGGUUCGUCGAUGUCAAUAAGGAACAUAAUACACUAGCAGCGGCUUUGAAAAAUUUAUAUUUACAAUCAACAAAUUCCAUAUUGAAUCCUAUAACAAAUUAUCAAGUGGUCAAUGUCGGUGAAAUGCUUCGUACCACAGCGGGAAUUACCGGUGUUAUUUUAUCUGUCUGUUUAAUACUUAUGUUUAGUUCAUCAACAAUGUUAAUGAGACGAUCAUUCUAUGAAUUAUUUUGGUUUACACAUCAUUUAUUUAUUGUAUUUUUUAUAUGUCUUGCUGUUCACGGUAUUCAAGGUUUAAUUAAAUCACAGACAAAUGUUAAACAACAUGAUCCAGUUGUUUGCGCACCAAUAUACACCAGUUGGACUAAUAGUCAAUGCCCAGUAUUUCCCACCUUCUCAGGAUCAUCAUCCACCAGUUGGAUUUGGCUCUUAAUACCUGUUGUACUAUACAUAAUUGAACGAAUUAUUCGUCUAGUGAGAAGUUUACAACAUGUUGAAAUACAACAAGUAACAAAACAUGCGUCAAAUGUAUUUGAAAUUCGUUUUAAAAAAUCAAAUAUGAAACCGCUACCGGGACAAUAUAUUUAUAUUAAAUGUUUUGCAAUAGCUAAAUUAGAAUGGCAUCCAUUCACAGUUACAUCGUCACCAGAAGAAGAUUUUAUUUCAGUUCAUAUACGUUCAUGUGGAAAUUGGACGAAACAAUUGGCGGAAAGAUUAAAAAAUUAUCCACAAGAUAUUCCAAAUAUCAGUGUAGAUGGUCCAUAUGGUGCACCUGCCGAUGAUUGUUUCAAUUAUGAUUCAGUAAUACUUGUCGGCGCUGGUAUUGGUGUUACUCCAUAUGCUGCCAUUCUCAAACAUAUUCGUUCAAUUCAAACACCAAACGCUCGAUUGGUACGUGUAUACUUUUAUUGGAUUUGUAAUACAACUGACGCUUUUGAAUGGUUUGGCGAUUUGCUUCAACAAUUAGAACAUGAAAUUAAUCGUCCAAAUUUUUUAAUAUAUAAAAUAUUUUUAACAAAAUGGUCCUUAAAUGAAGCAAAAGCGGUGGUUAGAAAUCAUGAUGAUACACGUGAUCUAUGGACAGGUUUACAACAGAAAACUUAUUAUGGAAGACCAAAUUUUGAUCAAGAUUUUUCUUUAAUAAAAGAUGAAUCUCAGCAGAAUAGUGAUAUCGGCGUAUUUGUUUGUGGUCCAAAACAACUUGCAAAUCAAUUACAACGACUUUGUAUUAAACAUAAUCGAAAUGAAAAAAAUAUUAAUUUUUAUCUAAAUAAAGAGAAUUUUUGA